AUGCCUAAGCGCGAAGAGGUGCGCUCCCUUUCUAAAUCCAUUCGGGAUGAACUUCGAAGGCUAAACCCUUUAUAUGCCCGUGCUCUGCUUGACAACAAAGGUAGUUGUGAGACCUGGCAAGCCCUCUUGCGAAUUUAUGGCAUCAAGUCCUCACACCGCUCACCUGUUGCGGUGGACAUAGAUGGUUUGAAUCAGAGUUUUAUCAACGGUGGAACCGAUCUCACUGCUCUACCUAAUGGAUAUGGAAUAAAUACCACUGAUCCCGCCUCCAGCGUUGUGCCUGUCGAUAUGUAUCAAGAUUUGGCUCAGUGA